AGCUCCGGGUUUGCACAUCCGUGUCGUGUGAGCUUUCUCUUUCAUUGAGUGCAUGGUGCACGAUCCACCGGGCCUUGACUUGCACACUCCUCAUACGGCAUCACCUCAAAAGAAACAAUCAAUAAAGUGCUACUAGGACAUCCACUUCACUUCUGCCCUGAAGUCUCCCGGGAUUGAAAUCAUGUUGAGGUUGCUGUUUAUUGCCGCUCUCGCUGCGGCCGCGCGGGCAAGUGAUGUGCUCGAGUUCACAGAUGACGAUUUUGACAGCAGAAUCGAAGAUCACGAUCUCAUCCUAGUUGAAUUCUUCGCACCAUGGUGUGGCCAUUGCAAACGUCUUGCACCCGAGUAUGAGGCAGCUGCCACACGACUGAAAGGCAUCGUCUCACUUGCUAAGGUGGACUGUACUGCUAAUUCCAAUGUGUGCAGCAAAUAUGGUGUGAGUGGCUACCCAACCCUGAAGAUUUUCAGGGAUGGAGAGGACUCUGGUAGCUACGAUGGUCCCAGGACAGCAGAUGGGAUUGUUAGUCAUUUGAAAAAGCAGGCAGGCCCAGCCUCUGUGGAGAUCAAAAGUGAGGCUGAAUUUGAUAAGUUCAUUGGGGAUCGUGAUGCCAGUGUUGUGGGAUUCUUUGCGGAUGGCGGUAGCUCUGCCCAGGGAGAGUUCCUCAAGGCUGCCAGUGCUUUCAGAGAGUCCUACCGUUUUGCCCAUACUAAUGUGGAGGACUUAUUGAAGAAACACGACGUUGAUGGAGAGGGUGUUAUACUGUUCCGGCCACCCCAUCUCAGCAACAAAUUUGAAGAUGGAAGUGUCAAGUUCGCUGAGGACAAAUUCACAAGCGCAAAGAUCAAGAAGUUUAUUCAGGACAACAUUUUCGGCAUCUGUCCCCACAUGACUGAUGACAACAAAGACCAGCUGAAGGGCAAAGAUUUGUUGGUGGCCUACUAUGAUGUGGACUAUGUCAAGAACCCCAAGGGUUCCAACUAUUGGAGGAACAGGGUAAUGAAGGUGGCCAAGAGCUUUCUGGAUCAAGGCAAGAAGCUUAGCUUUGCUGUGGCCAGUAAAAACAGCUUCAGCCACGAUGUGUCCGAGCUCGGUCUGGAUGCCAGCAGUGAUGAGCUGCCAAUUGUUGGCAUCAGAACCGCCAAGGGUGACAAAUACGUCAUGAAUGAGGAGUUCUCUCGUGAUGGAAAGGCCUUGGAGAAGUUCCUGCAGGAUUAUUUUGAUGGAAAACUGAAGCGUUACCUCAAAUCAGAGCCGAUCCCUGAGAACAAUGAUGGCCCUGUAAAGGUCCUUGUGGCUGAGAACUUUGACUCAAUUGUAAAUGAUGACAGCAAAGACGUUCUCAUUGAGUUCUACGCUCCCUGGUGUGGACACUGCAAGAGCCUGGAGCCUAAAUAUAAAGAACUUGGGGAGAAGCUUGUCAACAAUCCAAACAUUGUCAUCGCAAAGAUGGAUGCCACCGCUAAUGAUGUGCCCUCUCCAUAUGAAGUUAGAGGAUUCCCCACAAUCUAUUUCUCUCCGGCUGGUCAGAAGCAAAAUCCAAAGAAAUAUGAGGGAGGUCGUGAAGUCAGUGAAUUUAUUUCCUACCUGAAGAGGGAGGCCACUAACCCUGUGGUGGUUCAGGAGGAGGAUGAGAAGAAGUCAAAGAAGAAGAAGAAAUCCGAGUUAUAAACAAUCACAGGCCAACAGCUCUGAGGAGGGAAUUUUGCGGGAGAUGUAAAUUAUAUACCAAUCUUUAGUGAACAGUGCUCUGACCCAAAGUCGGCCCUCCCUUGGGCCUGCUGAUCUGGGAUCACUGUGGAUGGUUGUGGUGGCCAGACUGUGUGAUUUCUUUUUUUUUUAA